GUCAACAAAAUGUCAAAAAAGUAAACAAUUUUCGGACUUUACUUCAGAAAAAAAUAUAGCAAAUGAUUGUAAUGCGCAUUAAAUUAAUAACGUAGUGCACCUAGGAACACAGUUUCAAGAAUCACAUCAUGUUCUCAGUUAGAUGAUAAAGAAAUAGGUCAUGGAAUGUCUAAAUGAAUUGUUAAUGCAUGCCAUCCUUCAAAAUGAUACGAAGUGUCUCAAAUGCUAUUUAAAAAGAGGUGUCAACAUCAAUAAAAUAUGUUCAACAGGCAUGACCCUUUUAGGGGUAGCAGCUCAGACUGGGAAUCUCUCGAUAGUAAAAAUGUUGAUCGACUAUUCUAACUGUUCUAGUAUUGAUUUCACGAUAAAGAGUGACGCGAGCACGAAGCCAAAUUUAUUGCAUUUAGAUCUACAUAGCACGGAGAGAAAAUACAAAAAUAUUGGUUAUUUUGUUGUUAGAAAGGACAUUGAUGAACCUGAUUUUGGGGAAGGUCCUACUCCUGAAGGAAUGGAAGGUCUUGAGUGGGACAUGGAGGUAAAUAAUGAACCACCACCUGAACCAGAGAAAGAACCAUCAGAAAUGAACAUCUACCAGUGGUAUGCCAGCAUAUUGAAUCGAAGUUCUUUAGUUUUGAAGUCUCCAGAUAAUGAUAUUGCUAGACUUGACAGUCACGGUAAGAACGUUCUUCACUAUGCUGUGAGGUCAGGCAAUAUGGAAUUAGUUCGCUAUUUGGUUGAAACCUUCAACGAAAUCAGUGUCAAUCAAAGUGAUGCAGCGUCAGUAAGCCCCCUACACAUAGCAGCGUCCAAAUGUCACCUUCCUCUAGUACGUUACCUCGUUGAUAAAGGUGCUAAUGUCAAUUGUACUUGUCGUGAACGUAGGACUCCUCUACAUGUAGCAGCCCAACAUGGAUAUGUCGAGAUUAUGCAAGUGUUGAUCGAGAAUGAAGCAGACAUCAAUGUUUUUGAUAUGAAAGAACGGUCGCCUUUAUCAUUGGCAGUUUUAGGAUCAAGGGAGACGGCAGUACAGUUGUUGAUUAAAAAUGGAGCGAGAUUGAAUCAAGAGGACGCUGCAGGAUUUACUCCUUUACGGAGAGCAGUUUGGAAUGACUGCACUUCUAUUGCUAUGAUGCUGUUAAAUGCUGGGGCUAGAGUUGUCCAGUCCCAUUAUUUGCUACAUGCUGCUGCCAGGAGUAAUAAUGCUGAAAUGGUCAGAGCUCUACAUGAAUCUGGAGCCCUUUUAAAUAUCAGGGAUGAUCAGGGAAAUACGCCUUUAAUGGUGGCAUGUUCAAGAAAAAACCUAACAGUAGUAAAGUAUUUACUAAAACAUGGUGCUAACGUCAACGCAGUGAACAACAUAAACGGCAUGACUGCCUUACACAUUUGCGUUCAAGAUAUCAGGGAAAAACGAAGCUUGGAGCAAUUAAUCGACUUACUAGUGUCUUAUGAUGCUGAUAUGAAUGCAACAAGCUACCAAGGAAGUGUUCUGUUUUAUUCAAUUAUUUUAGAAAAUCUUCAUGGAGCGAAUGCGUUGGUGCGUCAUGGUGUGGAUGUAAACAUGCGAGACGAAAGAGCUUAUUUUGACAAUUUGAGCUUGGCAAAACGACACGGAAAUCUUGAUUUAGUUAAGUUGAUAGUUUACGCGGGGUUUCACUUAUCUAACUUAGCUUUUGACUUAAAUUCUCUUAAAAAUCAACCAGACGAUCACGUACACGAUUUCUUAGUUUAUGUUAAAAGCACGCCUUUACAAUUAAAAGAAAUUUGUAGAAUUAAAAUAAGGAAAUGUUUGAAUAAACACAUUAUGGGUAAAAUUGGCAAACUUCCGUUACCUGUUUGGUUGCAAAGAUAUUUAGCUUUAGAAAUCAUUUGAAAGCUUAAUGAUCUGUUACAUUUAUAAAGAAAUGAUCUCUUAUGUAUUAUUAUAGCCAGUAUUAAGUGACUAAUGUAUGGUUAAAUAUGAAUCGUUUUAACUUAAUGGGCUUAAGUAUUUCAGUAUGAGUAGAUGUUUAAAAAAGAGGACCAUUGAUGUGUAGAGAUACGAUUAUUGUAAAAACAAAAAAAGAAUAGUGCCCUUGAAUAGUGAAGCCUAAAUCUGGCCCUCUUAAUCUAGGGUA